AUGAACAACGAUAGUAACAAAAACAACAAGAACAACGAUAGAAACACGCACAACAUGAACAAUGAUAGCAACAAACACAACAUGAACAAUGAUAGCAACAAAGAAAACAUGAACAACGAUAGUAGAAAACACAACAAUAUCAACCAUAGCAACAAACGCAACAUGAAAAACGAUAGUAACAAAGACAACAAGAACUACGAUAGCAACAAACACAACAUGAUCAACGAUAGCAGCAAACACAACAAGAUCAAUGAUAACAACAAACACAACAAGAUCAAUGAUAACAACGAACACAACAAGAUCAAUGAUAACAACGAACACAACAAGAUCAACGAUAGUACCAUCACAAGAAGAACAAAGAUAUCAACAAACAAAACGAUACAACGAUAG